AUGAAGGACUAUGAGGAGAGCAUAGCCUUUUUGGGCCAAUGGGGCUGUUUUCAGUUUGUGAUAUUCUUCGCCCUUUGUGCCAGUAUAAUACCCAAUGGAUUAGCAGUAUUCACUUUAGUGUUUUUAACUGAUGUACCUCCACAUCACUGCACUGUUCCUGAAGCUAAUCUGACAGAAGAGUGGCAAAAAGCAGCCAUUCCUUUAGUGGUGGUGAAUGGUGUGGAGGAGCAGAGCCGCUGCAGCAGGUACAGGCUGGAUGUGGUCUUGGAUCUGUGGGCUAAGGGCUUUGCUCCUGGAGACGUGAACCUCACCCAGCUGCAGCAGGAGCCCUGUGUGGACGGAUGGACCUACAGCAAAGACAUUUACCACUCCACUUUAGUCACUGAGUUUGACCUGGUGUGUAGUGAUCAGUGGAAGCAGCCGUUCACAUCAACCAUUUAUUUCGUUGGAGUUUUAGUUGGAUCCUUCUUUUGUGGACAGUUCUCUGACAGAUUUGGGAGGAAGCCUGUAUUUUUUAUUACUUUGGGAAUUCAGACGUUGUUCACUUUUCUUCAAGUGUUUUCGACCUCUUGGGAGAUGUAUUCAGUCCUGAUGUUUUUCAGUGGGUUGGGUCAGAUUGCAAACUAUUUGUCUGCUUUUGUUCUGGGAGCGGAAGUGUUUUGCGGAAACGUGCAGACCGUGUACACCACUGCGGGAGUGUGUCUGGGCUUCUCUACAGGAUACAUGCUGCUCCCACUCUUUGCAUAUUUCAUCAGACAGUGGAGGUUUCUGGUCCUGGCCAUCGCUCUGCCUGGAGCUGUCGUCAUCCCCCUCUGGUGGAUCACCCCAGAGUCUCCUCGAUGGCUGCUCUCUCAGGGCAGAGUGGAGGAGGCAGAGGCCAUAAUAAAGAAAGCUGCUGACAUGAACAAAGUCAAGGCUCCAACUGUCAUAUUUGAAAACUAUAAGGCUGAAGAAAAUACAGACAAGAAAAGUCCUAGACAGUAUACAGUAAUCGAUCUUUACAGAAACCGGGAGAUGAGAGUCCCGUCACUAAUCCUGGCUCUGAUUUGGUUUACUGUGGCGCUGGGUUAUUUUGGUUUGUUGUUGAACACAUCCAAACUCAGCACGGACCCAUUUCUUGCAUGUUUCAUCUCAGCCGCGGUGGAGGUCCCGGCCUACGUCGCCACAUGGUUUGUCGUAAAGUUCUUUCCCCGGAGACCCAUCAUAAUCUCUUUUAUGUUGCUGGGAGGAGCAGCUCUUUUGACUAUUCAGGCUGUCCCUCAGUCUCUACCAGCGCUGUCUAUUACUCUGGAAAUGUUUGGCAAGUUUUGCUUCACCAUUAAUGCAGCUUUGGCUUUUCCGUGUACCACGGAAAUGUACCCAACAUUCAUGAGAAACACAGCAACAGGAACCUUCUCCGCCUUCUCCAGAAUCGGGACCAGCAUUGCACCUUUUAUCUUCCAACUGAGUGUCUAUUUUCAAUUCCUGCCCUAUAUAUUUCUGGGGUCAGUGUCAUUAGCGUUGGCAAUCGGUGCGUUGUUCCUUCCAGAGACGUUUGGGCACCCUCUGCCAGACACAAUUGAUGAUAUGAAAAAGUUUCAAAGCUCUGGUUCGGACAAAGUGUGGUACAUCCUGAAACUGUUCCUGUCCAGCUGCAAAGCCCCACUUUACUCACACUCCUCACUGCCAGGGAGUGCAGCGUCUGCAGAGCACACACUGAUGCCGUCCCAUGUCCUGGCCCGUUGGCUCUCUGACUGUGCAGAGCUGGUGGGGACAGGGAGGUGGUUAGAUGUGGACACUUUGGGCUGUGUUUCGCUUUGGGCUGUGUUUUGA